UUGUGAUGCAGUUAAGGCUGGUCUCAUCGAGACUAUUCAUGUCAAUACAAAGGAUCAAAUCGUGGACAUUUUAACUAAGACACUGAGUCGCUAACAAUUUGAAGCUCUAUCAUCCAAAGUUGGGUGUUCAAGACUUUCACUUUCCAAUCUGAGAAAAAUAUCAGGAAAGGAAAUUUUACGGAUAAUGAUUACCUUUAAGUUUCUAAUUAUCUAAUAAUGAAGUUAUGUUAAAGUUCCUAAAUUAUCUAGGAACUAGGGCUUCUACGGUUAAUGUACAUAUAGUCUCAUUAAGAUCAAUACAAGUUUUCAGUUUACAAUUCAUCUCAAGUUUACAUAGAGAGAGUGCAGCAGGGUUAGGUCGUCGGAUUUGGCAAUGUCGUCCACAUCCAUAGCUUCCGGUCAAGAACCACCGUCGAAUAAGCCGCCAGUGAUAGAACCGACCUUAAUUCUGCAACUUCCAGAUGACUUAGUAUUGAGUUGCUUAGCACAUGUCUCCAGAUUGCACUACCCCAUUCUCUCACUCGUCUCCAAGACCUUUCGAUCCUUCACUUCUUCACUGGAGCUUUACCAGACCCGGUAUCUCUUAAACCGCACAGAGGGGUGUCUCUAUGUGUGCUUGCAGUUCCCUAACGAGCCUAACCUUCGUUGGUUCACUCUCUGUCGGAAACCAGAUAAAACCCUUAACAAGAAGAAGAAUACGACACAGUCAUCAAGUGGUAAUAUUUUGGCUCAGGUUCAGAUUCUCAACUCUCCUCCCGUGGAAUGGUCAGACUCAGAUAUAGUAGCUGUUGGCCAUAAGCUCUACGCCAUCAACAAAGAAGACGAUGUCUCCUCCUCCUCUUCUAACGUCUUCUUCCUCGACUGCCGAACGCACACGUGGGUCGAAACGCCAAGCUUGCGGUUUGCUCACACCAAUCCAGGAAUAGAUGGGAUGAUGUAUUUAGCAGGAAGCUACGAGAAUCCAGAUUCUUUGAACUGUGUUCAAGUGUUGGACACAAAGAAUCAAACUUGGAAGGCCGUGCCUGAGGACAAGAGGAUAUUCAGAGACACAGAUUUUGAAGGAAAGGUUUACAAGAACCUUGAUGGGGCGUCUGGCAAGAGAUCCUCUUUGGUUCUAAAGCUAAAGGAUUCUACAAUCGACUUGGUAGGGUCUGGUACUGUAUGUGUGAUAGAGAAAAGAUUCUAUUGUUAUCUAUCCACUGGAGUGUUUCUUUGGUCUAACAGUGAGAUUAAAUCAUUUGGUUUGAAGAAAGUACAAGGUUUGGAAGGACUGCCUAAGUUUGGCCAUUAUACCAAUGUUAAAUUGGUUGAAUGUGGUGGUAAGAUGGUGGUGUUUUGGGAUAAGUAUGUGCCGGCACGUGGUAGGUAUAAGGAGAAGAUGAUUUGGUGUGCUGAGAUCUCGCUGGAAAUGCGCAGCAGUGAAGAGGUUUGGGGAAAGGUUGAAUGGUUCGAUGCUGUGCUUACAGUACCCAAGUCUUAUAAAUUCGUGUAUGCUAUUGCAGCUACCGUUUGAUUAGCUACUCAUGAGACAGGUUUAAAGGGAAUGAAUCAGGUUAUUUUUUUCUUAGUACUUAGUAUGUCCUGAAUCUUGGAGAUUAGUCUACUCUUUGAUGAAUGACUCAUGAGAAAAGCGGCUUCGUCUUGUAGUGGUUUACUUUCUUUUGUAUGUGACUAUGAUGUGUGCGUUUGUCUUGUGUUUGUAGCGGACAAUGGUUCACUUCUAACCUAUGCAUUCACUUUUAGCUUUGUGUCUUUGAAAUCAUUUUUAUACAACCAUGAGAAUAGUUAUAGUCUCA